CUCUUGGCCACAGAAGCAUUGGUUUGAACACCAAACGGGUCCAUCGGAGCCCAACUGCUCACCGGAGCCCGGGCCGCCAUGGAGUACCAACGCCGCGAGGGUGAGACUCACGAGGCUCACGCCUUGCGGCUCCUGGAGAUCCUCCAAGGACGUGACCCACCUCAGCAGAAGGAGGCGGAAGAGGUGAUGGGUGAGGAGCUUGGAGGAUACUCACAUGGUCGGGGCUUGGAAGAUGCUGAAGCCAUCCUUGCGGCGAAAUCGGCCGAGAAGCAGAGCCCCAUGGUGCUGGAAUUGCUGAAGAAUCUUCAGCAGUGUGCGGUUUACACAGAUACGCCCAACUUCGAGACGAACCGAAAGCUUUGGAAUGCCUAUGCGCAGAGCUGGGCGACGGAUGCUGAAUGGGUGCAGCGCAUGUCGAAGGACGUGUCCAAGCCGUCCGCUGAGCUGGCCUUUGUCGGCGACGAGUGGUCCGAUGCCGAGUCACUGACCGAGGUCCUCAAGGAGUGGCUCUUUCCGCACUUGGCCACCACCCAGACAGUGGCUGAGAUCGGCAGUGGCGGUGGCCGAGUGGCCGCUCAGGUGGCAGAGAAGGUUGGGCGCUUGGUUUGCUUUGACAUCAGUGAGACGAUGUUGAAGACUGCGCAGAAGAAGCUCCAGGAGAUGCAUGGAAACGUGGAUUUCCAUCUCCUGCAGGGCGAUGCGCCAUACCCUGCCCGAUUCCAUGAAACCUUCGAUGUGGUCUACUCCUUCGAUGUGUUCGUGCACAUGGAUUUACAUGAGAUGCGACACACGCUGACAUGCAUCCAGUCCAUUUUGCGGCCAGGUGGCCUCCUUUUUGUCUCCUUCGCCAACCUCUUGGCACCAGAGGGCUGGCGCCGUUUUGCACGGCAGAAGCACUACAGCGUCGGGGGCUUCUACUUCGUCUCCCCUGACAUCGCGACGCACAGACAAAAUCACUGUUGCUAUUUGCAUUUGCGUGUUAGAAACUUAAGGGUCUACAGCAGCAUCACCUGCAGGGAUGCAGCAAUCAGCAGGCUUGGUUCAGUUGUUUCUGUGAUGCGCAUAUCUCAUCUCUUGAAACCAGUUCGAAGUUCUCCGCAUUUAUAUCCGACCCCAGAGCCUCCACAUUGAGACUCCAAGGAGGUGCCUCUUGCAACGCACCGGCUUCCGCGUGCUGGCGAGCUCCACACCGCGGAGGGGGAACAUCUACCUCUGUCGGGAUCUGCUGGUCUUGGCGCGGAAGGAGUGACGCAGCGAGUGACGCAGCGGCGGAACAAUCGCGGCUUCGAUGUCCAGGAAGACUGGAGAA